GCAGCAGCGCCGCCGUCAGCCGCGCCGCCACCGCCGCUGCAGCAGCGCGGGCGGCCGAGAGCCGGUAGCAGGGAGCCUGGCGAAGGGGCCGCCGAGCCCCGUGCGCUCCUACCGGUAGCUACGCGGCUGCGAAAUCGAUGACUAUUUUUAUUUACUUAUUUAUUUAUUUUUUAGGAACGGCUGCUCCGACGCUCAGGUCUUCUCUGGAACCUGCAGCGACGCCCCCGGCGGGUGCACAAAGGCUCCGACGGCAGCCGGCGGGGAUUGGCGAGCGCGCCGGAGCCGGCGCCAGAGGUCGCCUGUGCGCGCCCUAGCCAAGCCCCGGGCACCAUGCCGCGGCGCCUGCAGCCCCGGAGCGCGGGCACAAAGGGCCCGCCCGGCACGACCGCGGCGGCUUCGGAGGCCGCCUCGCGCCCGCACCCCUCACUCUCCGGAGACCCUCCGGCCUCCGCCAAGCCGCUGCUGCGCUGGGACGAGGUGCCCGACGACUUUGUGGAGUGCUUCAUCCUGUCGGGCUACCGGCGGCUACCGUGCACGGCGCAGGAGUGCCUAGCCUCGGUGCUGAAGCCUACCAACGAGACGCUCAACUUCUGGACGCACUUCAUCCCACUGCUGCUGUUCCUGAGCAAGUUCUGCCGCCUGUUCUUCCUGAGCGGCCGUGACGUGCCCUUCCACCAUCCGUGGCUGCUGCCGCUGUGGUGCUACGCUUCGGGCGUGCUGCUGACCUUCGCCAUGAGCUGCACGGCGCACGUGUUCAGCUGCCUGUCGCUGCGCCUGCGCGCAGCCUUCUUCUACCUGGACUACGCGUCCAUCAGCUACUACGGCUUUGGCAGCACUGUGGCCUACUACUACUACCUGCUGCCCGGCCUGAGCUUGUUGGACGCCAGGGUGAUGACCCCGUACGUGCAGCAGCGCCUGGGCUGGCACGUGGACUGCACGGGCCUCAUUGCCGCCUACCGCGCGCUCGUGCUGCCCGUGGCCUUCCUGCUGGCCGUGGCCUGCACCGUGGCCUGCUGCAAGAGCCGCACUGACUGGUGCUCGUAUCCGUUCGCGCUGCGCACCUUCGUCUUCGUCAUGCCCCUGAGCAUGGCCUGCCCCAUCAUGCUCGAGAGCUGGCUCUUCGACCUGCGGGGCGAGAACCCCACGCUCUUUGUGCACUUCUACCGCCGCUACUUCUGGCUGGUGGUGGCCGCCUUCUUCAACGUGAGCAAGAUCCCCGAGCGCAUCCAGCCGGGCCUCUUCGACAUCAUCGGCCACAGCCACCAGCUCUUUCACAUCUUCACUUUCCUCAGCAUCUACGACCAGGUGUACUACGUGGAGGAGGGCCUGCGCCAGUUCCUCAAGGCGCCGCCGGACGCGCCCACCUUCUCGGGCACAGUGGGCUACAUGUUGUUGCUGGUUGUCUGCCUGGGGCUGGUCAUCAAGAAGUUCCUCAGCAACACCGAAUUCUGCAGUAAAAAGUGAGCCUUCGCCUUGGAGGAGACUGCGGGCUCGCCCACCUGUUUGAAGUUUCUGUUGUUGGUUUGUUUUCAAGUUUUGUUGUGUUUCCUUCUUUGCUCGAGGAGGGUGCUGCAAAACCACAGGGAAAAAGUUCAGUGCGACAAGGGGGUCUCAGUGCACUUAGGGCUUUGGAAGAGGGAGGUGGGGCAAGCAGGAGGGAGAGGGCGGCUGGUUCUUGCCCCUGGAAAAAAUGCAGGUGGUGUCUGUGACAUCCAGGGAUUCUUCUAAGGCAGCGAAUAGAACCCCACAUAAAACCCCAACCAGUUCAAUCUUC